AUGAAGCUUUGGUGGAUUCUCCCAUGUGGAGGUCACUCAUCUGGAAGUGGCAUUUCUAGCGGAGUUUCCGGUGGAGGAUUCUCAAGUGCGGUGGAAUCUCUGGUGGAGGAUUCUCCAGUGGGGGUGGAAUCUCUGGUGGAGGAUUCUCAAGUGGCGGUGGAUCUCUGGCGGAGGAUUCUCCGGUGGAAGCAGCGGUGGAUUUGGUGGUGGAUCUGGAGGUUCCGCUGGUGGUGUCGUGAUGGAGAGAUCCUGCAUGUGGAUGGAUCCUGCGUUGUUCCUGUAAUCACCAGAAAUGUGUUUGUGUAUGAUGCUCCUGAACAAUCUCAGCAGCCAAGCGGUCCACCACCAAGUGUCCCACCACCAAGAGUUGACCAUAACGUUCUGUUCGUGCGUCUUCCUGAAGGAGGAGCAGGACCUGAACCCAUCAUUGUUCCUCCACCAAGGCAAGAGAACAUCGUGUAUGUCCUGAACAAGAACGACGGAGCAGGAGGCCAGCGAGUAAUCGAGGUUACUGCUCCUCCAGCUACCAAUCCCGAGGUGUACUUUGUCAACUACGAAGAGGGAGAGAACCCAACUCUUCCUAUUGGUGUGGAUCUUGAGACUGCUCUCAACGCUGCCGCUAGUGCUGGCGGUCAAGUGAUCGGAGGCGGCGGAGGAGCAGGUGGCUUUGGAGGAGAUGGAGGAUUUGGCGGUAGUGGAGCAGGUGGUUUUGGAGGAGAUGGAGGAUUUGGGGGUAGUGGAGGUGGAAGUGGAGGAUUCGGCGGUGCAGGUGGGGUAAGUGGAGGUUUCGGUGGCGUAAGUGGAGGAAGCGGAGGCUUUGGCGGAAGUGGAGCAGGAGUUAGCGGAGGAUUUGGAGGAAGUGGAAGCAGUGCUGGUACUCCAUCCACUUUAUAUUCUGGUCCUUAAACAUCAGAGAAGGAAUAAUUCCACCUCAUAAGUACCUACCUUUAUGCCAAUAUAGUUAGUUAAUAUUUUAUUGCUACUGUUUAUGACUUUUGCUAAAUAUAUAUGAAAAAGUU